GGAUUUUGUAAGAGGUGUUCCGAAAAACGAAAUCGAAAGUACUUUCGUUUUGGCGACGCCACUUAAAAUUUGUUGAUAUUUUAUUAAUUAGUUUUUUUAACGUCUAAGCGGUGCAGGUAGCACAACAAAAUGAACCCUUAUUAUGAGGACACUCGAGGUCGAGACAUGAAGGUAGGAGAUGUGAUGGACAUUACUCAGGAGGGUAAUGGAGGGGUUAUGAAGAAACUAGUGAAAGCAGGGCUCAAAGAUGAGAGUUUUCCAAGCUUUGGGGAUCGAGUGACGUUCACUUACGAUGCUUACAUUGGAACAGAGAUAAGCCAGGACAAAAAGUUUGAUUCUACAGCGGAUAAGGGGGAGAUGUUCAGUUAUGAAUCAUUAAAAGGAAAAAUUAUAAGGGGCCUUGAGAUGGGAGUGCUGACUAUGGAGAAAGGGGAACAUGCUAUAUUUACAAUUCAACCAGAAUACGCCUUUGGUGAGGCUGGGAUACCUGAUAAGGUGCCAGGAAAAGCAGUUGUCACAUUUGACACCAAAGUCAUUGAUAUUGAAUGUCCUGAUUUUUCAAAUGAGCAGGACAAAUCCAUCGUGAAGAAGGUUAUUAAGCAUGGUGUUGGAUUCAAUCAAGCCAACUUUGGAUGUAAGGUGACAAUUGACAUAAGGUGUGAAUGUAAUGGCCACGUCUAUUAUGACUGGAAAGAGAAGACAUUUCUACUUGGUGAGGGCACAGCAAAGGGAACAGAUGUACCUAAAGUUGUUGAGGAAUAUCUGGACACAUGGAAGCCAAAAGAGACGUCUCGUUUGAAGGUGAAAUCAAAGCAUGCAUAUGGGGAAGCGGGUUGGCCAGAACAAAACAUUCCCCCAAAUCAGGAUCUGGAUUUUGUUGUGACCAUGGGCGAUUUUGAGCGUGUACUUGAGUGGUGGGAAAGUACAUUUGAGCAAAAACUGAACAGAUGUGAUGAAUUCAGGACCAAAGGAAAUAAUUACUUUAAAAAAAAGGAGUAUGCUCUUGCAACUCGGUUUUAUGAGGAGCUGAUAGAACUUGCAGAAAAUGAGAUGUGCAUGACAGGAAAGGAUGAAGAAAGGCGUGUUAAGGUCCUCACAUGUGGGCAUCUUAAUCUAGCUCAGGUUUACUUAAAUCAACCAGAGUUGUGCAAAAGUGAUGAAGUGAUAAAAUGUUGUGAAGAAGCCCUGAAACUCGACCCAAAAAAUCUCAAAGCAUUCUACAGAAGAGGAAUGGCGAAGUUCGAGCGCAAUCCAGAAGAUGCUGAAAAAGACUUCAGAAGAGUGCUUAAACUGGAACCAAAUAACAAGGAUGCAGAGCAAAUGAUUAAGAAAUGUCAAGAAGGCAAAAAAGAUGCUAAAAGAAGUGAGAAAACGCUGUAUACACGAAUGGCUGGUGGUGUAAAAGCAAAUGGGGACAGUGACAAGCAAUCAAGAUAAUCUUUUUGUUAUAUGUGUUGGUCUUUAUUGGUGUUGUUUCCUAAGAACAUGAUUCUGAAAUAUUAGCUUUUGAGUCCAGUGAUCAAUGAAUAAUGUUGGCUUUGUAAAGGUUUCUUUUUUUUGUCUGAUCUGAUGUAUUAUAUUACAUUACAUUAAUACAUAUCACAGUAUGUUUUCUAAGAUGUAUGAAGUAUAAUAUUUAACCAUUAUUUACUUUUUCACAUUGAAGAUUUAUAUAUUAAAAUGAUUUGUUACUGAAUAUAUUGAAUAUAUAAUGGCAUACAUGUCUCCUCUUUCUAAACAAUAUCACUUCACUGUUUCUUAUGCCUUAGGAUCAUAACAAAGUUCCAUGAAUGCUUCAUUCUGAAAUGAAAGUUAACAUGUACCUGUAUAAAAAUUCUUUGUGAGGCAUUUUUGAGUUGUGUUAUUUUGAGUCUUUUUAAAUAGCCAUAAUUUAUUGCUUAUUUAUAAGUGGCAUUUUGAUGUUCUUUUUUAUGACCCCUUUCGAAGAAAAGGGGGCAUAUAGUGAUCGGACUGUCCGUCUUUCCAUCACACUUUGCGUUUAGGUUUCGAAAAAUGCUCAUAACUUCAAUGUCCCUUGAGAUAUAACCUUCAUACUAGUAUUUGGUAUGCAUGUGUAUAUGGACAAGGCCUUUCCAUACGCACAAAAAUUUUGACCCCUGUGACCUUGAUCUUGAACUUAGGGUUCGCGUUUAGGUUUCAAAAUCAGUGUUUAGGUUUCGAAAAAUGCUCAUAGUUUCUAUGUCCCUUGAGACAUAAACUUCAUAUUUGGUAUGCAUGUGUAUAUGGACAAGGCCUUUCCAUACGCACACAAAUUUUGACCCCUGUGACCUUGACCUUGAACUUAGGGUCCGUGUCUAAGUUUCGAAAUCUGCGUUUAGGUUUCGAAAAAUGCUCAUAAUUUCUAUGUCCCUUGAGAUAUAACCUUCAUAUUUGGUAUGCAUGUCUAUAUGGACAAGGCCUUUCCAUACACACACAAAUUUUGACCCCUGUGACCUUGACCUUGAACUUAGGGUCCGCGUUCAGGUUUCGAAAUCUACGUUUAGGUUUCGAAAAAAGCUCAUAACUUCUAUCAAGCGUUUAUAGGGGGCAUAAGUCAUCCUAUGGUGACAGCUCUUGUUUUAUGUGAUAUUAGACAUAACAAUAUUCACAAACUAGUAACAUUUGGGUAUCAUGUGUUUGUAUUCCUGGUUGCAUUCUUUCUAUAUAUGGGUACAAUGUUUUUAGAAUAUUGUUGUCGUCUAUUUCUUAUUGCCUUCAUUAUACAUUAAAUAUAAAAGCAG